GCAACCAACAUGGAAGUGUUCAGGAUCCUCACAACUGAUCAGAUGUACAAACCCCUUCUUUUCCAAGUAAAGGCUCUUGAGGAUACUCAGCAAAGACUAACUUUGUAGAAGAGAUUCAGACAAUUCAUACUGCCUAGGAGAUGCCGAGAUCAUUCCAGUUACCUAAAAGAAACUCUGAACUGUGGAACUCCCUGCAAGUAUGCAAAAGUUUGAGGAUUCCAGAUUUUAUGAGUGGUCACCACUGCUGAUAUGGGUUUUUCAUGAUGCAUCUCUAUUUGAGUCAAUCUUGCUCUUGACAAUCGUCCAUUCUCGUGGGCCUGAGUUCGGGAAAGCGUGCGCCUGGUUUGGGUGUGGAUGUCCACUGAAAAGUGCGGGGUCUUACAGAUGGCGUCCUCAGGUCGGCUUUGAAGAAAAAUUGAAGAAUCGCGUCCUGCCGUCAGUGGAUUCACCACGAGAACCCCAAUAGAGGUGAGGGUCCCCCCAUGAUCCGGAAUCUGGCCAGUUUUGUAAUGUGCAAUUGUGCACGUGUGAUAAGGGGGUGAAUAGUUUGAAUAGUUUGAUUUUUAGGAAAAUGGGUGCUGAAAUGUCCACUCCGGAGUUAGAAGGGCAGUUAGCAGAUCAGCUACUGCAGCUCGUGGAAAAGCUAGGCACCAGGAUCAAAGGUGACACAGCACAAGGGACCAUCAAGGUAAUUUCAGAGCUCAGUCCUUGGUUCUCUCUGACUGGGAACCUUAAUAUCGAGGACUGGGAACAAGUUAGGGCUGAUCUACGUGUUGCACAGAGAGAACGGGGAACUAAAGCCGUCCCCCUAGCGAUCUAUUCGCUAUGGCGUCUUAUCAGAGAUGCCCUCCAUAGUGAAGAUGUUUUAGUGAAGGAACAGUUAGAGGUUUUGAACAAAACCCUUGAGAAAAUUCAGAAAGUAGAAUCUGUGAGCUCUAUCAGGAGUUUUGAGGAUCAAGAAGUCAAAAGCAUUGAUAAUUUAGAUGAAGAAGAGGAAAUAUUAGAAGGCGAAAUCACACUUCUAACCAAACAGCUAGAGAAGGAGGAAGGUGGGGCCACUAGCAGAGAUGCCCCCAUUAGGUCUCCUCCGCAAAGAGCAUUUUCUGCUGCCCCAAACCAUUGUGUUACAGCUUUCGCCCCUGUUAAUCUGGAGGCGGGAGCUCGAGAGUUUUCAAACAGGCCUGAUAAUCUCGGUAGAGAUAGGUCGGUCUAUCCUACUGAAGGAACUCUUGGCCAGCAAGUACUUAGUAUCAGACAGCCUGACUCUCUGACCUUUAAGAUGGUCAAACAAUUAAAGGAGGCGGUCGUUGCUUACGGUGCUCGCGCUUCCUUCACUGUGACAUUGCUGGAGUCCUUCCUUAAGUUCAACCUUACGCCCAGCGAUUGGAUACAACUUUGCAAGGCCUGUCUCUCUGGGGGUGAAUUUUUACUGUGGAGAGGUGAUUUGCGAAGGAUUUGCAAGGAAUCCUCAGGGCUUAAUGCCGCCGCCAGUUUCUCCCAGCAUGACCUUGAUGUGUUACUUACAGGGGGUCAAUAUUCUGAUCUCACAGUGCAAACCACUUACGAUCCCGCAGUUUGCACUCUAGUGGCUGCCGCGGCGAUAAAGGCCUGGGCAUCUCUACCAGUUGAAGGAACAGGAGAACUACUCUCAAAAAUUGUACAGGGACCUACAGAGUCUUAUUCUGCAUUUAUAAACCGCCUCUUAGAGGUGGGCAGCCGUACUCUUGGGGAUAUUAAUUCUUACUUGCCAGCAGUAAAGCUAUUAGCCUAUGAAAAUGCUAACAGGUCUUGCCAGGAAGUUUUGCGCCUGCAUAGAAACAAGGACCUGGAUGAUUUUAUUCAUCUGUGCAAAGGCGUAGUUCCUUCUACUGUGGUGGGACAGGUGGUCACUUCUGCCCCUAGGGAGGUUGCAGCCAAAACUGGUUCAAAAAAUUGCUUUCAGUGUGGGACAUUUGAGGGCACAUAGCGAUCUUCCUGGCCCCCUGAGUGAAGGCAAUGCCUUGGCUGAUGAACUCACUCGCCAGGUUUAUACAGUUAGUCAAGAAUCUUAUGAAGCUGCUAAGAAAGCUCAUAAUCGCUUUCAUCUCAAUGCUGGGUCUUUGAGAUUUCAUUAUAAAAUAUCUCGGGAGCAAGCCACUGAUAUUGUUAAGAAGUGCCCUUUAUGUGUAGAACUUUUAACUGUUCCUCAUUUGGGAAUUAACCUGCGUGGGCUGGCUCCCAACCAUUUAUGGCAGAUGGAUGUUACCCACGUUCCUUCUUUUGGAUGUUUGCAGUAUGUUCACGUAACUGUGGACACAUAUUCACAUCUUAUCUUCGCCUCAGCUCAUACAGGAGAAAAAUUACGGGAUGUUAAAAGCCACUGCCUGCAGACUUUUGCCUACAUGGGGGUCCCUAAAUCUCUCUAAAUGGACAAUGGACCAGCCUAUACCAGUGCUGGUUUUGCUAAGUUCUGCCAGGAAUUUCAUAUUUCUCACAAAACUGGUAUACCCCAUAACCCCCAGGGGCAGGCAGUCAUAGAGAGGACCCACCGCACUCUUAAGGCUUAUCUGCACAAAACUAAAAGGGGGGAUUACAGUUCUACCCCCAGAGAGCAUCUAUCGUUCAUUUUAUACAUUUUAAACUUUCUGACUGUGGAUGCUGGCUCCCGUAUGGUGGCCGAGAAUCAUUGGCAGCCUAGCUCCCCCGGGAAACCCUUAGUGAAGUGGAAAAAUCUGGCAAACAGCACUUGGUGUGGUCCGGACCAGGUCUUAAUUUGGGGCAGAGGAGCGGUUUGUGUGUUUCCACAGGAUACAGAGCUUCCGAUCUGGGUCCCUGAACGUCUGGUGCGGACCGUGGAUUCCUCUGUUCAGAAACCUGAGGACGAGGCGAGAUCAAGAGAUCCCACGGACACGGCGGCGGAGGUGGCGGCGGAGUUGGCAGAUUCCUGAGAGAUGAUCCAGCGCCUGAUUUUACCCCUUUCCCAGCUUUCUGUCACUCUGCCUGAUCUGUCCCUUUCAGCCAAGGCUGUUUGACCCCCUGAGGGGAAAACAGCUACUUCCCCUGCCCUGAUAGCAGCGUUGGGUGCUCAAGGCUAAAACCUUGCCAGAUACACAGAAUUACCAUACUAUUCAAAGUAUCUAAAUUCACAAUCGGACGUUGUAGUCAAUCUUUACAACUGGGUGUGGAUUUUGACCUCUGCUGGUCGCAGGUUAAGAUUUUGCUGCUUUUUCUCGGACCCCGGAAUACAAAAUUACUAAUUGACUCUAAUUUAGCUUGACAAGUCAUACCAGGGGUCCCAUUUGCCAGUGCUGUAGCCCUACUCAAGGGCUCUAUUCUGAGCCAACGUUUCAGAUAUUGUGCAAGCACUGUCUCUUCCAGGAAUGCUUAUGUAUACGUACGCUGGAGUGUCUUCACCUGGUCAGUGGCUUCAGGUCCGCCACGGCCUGGCCCUAGUAGGCGUUCGCCUUGGAGUAUCUUUCAGCAUAAAACUGGCUGAAUGUGUUGGAGGAUGGCAUUAACCAGAGACGGGUCUAGAUCACUGGGCAGGUUUUCCAAUCUAAGACAGGGAGCGUCUGGACCUGAGGCAUCAUCCUGAAGACGGAUCCGGAUCUGUCCUGGCUAAUUCCCGGUGAUGCCUAAGACAGGUUUUGUCAUCAUAUUUUAUAUAUAUUUAAAGGGAGACUUGUAGCUACCAAGGUCCUUUCUCCCUCUCCUGAUGAUUCGCAGGGCCAUGUGACCUCCGGCU